GCCCGGAGGGGGGGCGGGGCGGUUAGUGCCGAGUCGGUUCGAGCGCGCGCUGGAGAAAGGGGGUUCUCCGUGCAAGAGCCGAACCCGGUGGGUGCCUGACAAGGAGUGCGCGCGCUCGCUCGCUCGCGCAGGGUGCAGGUGACAGUUGUUGAACAUUUCCCAAAUGAUGGCACAGAGGACAGGACAGGAAGACCCUGAGAGAUACCUCUUUGUGGACAGGGCAGUAAUUUACAAUCCAGCUACCCAGGCUGAUUGGACUGCUAAAAAGUUGGUGUGGAUUCCUUCAGAACGCCAUGGUUUUGAGGCUGCCAGCAUCAAAGAGGAGAGGGGAGAUGAAGUGCUGGUUGAACUGGCUGAGAAUGGAAAGAAAGCAGUUGUCAGCAAAGAUGAUAUUCAGAAGAUGAAUCCGCCCAAAUUUUCCAAAGUGGAAGAUAUGGCAGAAUUAACCUGCUUAAAUGAGGCUUCAGUUCUGCAUAACCUGAAGGAUCGAUACUACUCUGGACUCAUAUAUACAUACUCUGGACUCUUCUGUGUGGUGAUAAAUCCUUACAAGAAUCUCCCAAUUUACUCUGAGAAUAUUAUUGAAAUGUACAGGGGGAAAAAACGUCACGAGAUGCCUCCACACAUUUAUGCAAUAUCUGAAUCGGCAUAUAGAUGCAUGUUGCAAGAUCGUGAGGAUCAAUCAAUUCUUUGCACAGGUGAAUCAGGUGCUGGGAAAACAGAAAACACCAAGAAAGUCAUUCAGUAUCUUGCACAUGUUGCUUCUUCUCAUAAAGGAAGAAAGGAUCACAACAUUCCUCCCGAGUCACCUAAGCCAGUGAAGCACCAGGGUGAACUGGAACGUCAGCUCCUACAAGCCAAUCCUAUUCUGGAAUCAUUUGGGAAUGCAAAGACUGUAAAAAACGAUAAUUCUUCUCGUUUUGGCAAGUUCAUCAGAAUAAAUUUUGAUGUUACUGGCUACAUUGUUGGAGCCAAUAUUGAAACAUACUUGUUAGAAAAGUCACGUGCAGUUCGUCAAGCCAAAGAUGAACGGACUUUUCAUAUCUUCUAUCAGCUUCUAGCAGGAGCAGGUGAACAUUUGAAGGCUGACUUACUCCUUGAAGGAUUUAAUAACUACAGAUUCCUGUCCAAUGGCUACAUACCCAUUCCUGGCCAACAAGAUAAGGAUAACUUCCAGGAGACUAUGGAAGCAAUGCAUAUAAUGGGCUUUUCUCACGAUGAAAUUUUAGCUAUGUUGAAAGUGGUAUCCUCAGUGUUACAGUUUGGUAACAUUUCCUUCAAGAAAGAACGAAAUACUGACCAGGCAUCUAUGCCAGAAAAUACCGUUGCACAGAAACUCUGCCACCUGUUGGGAAUGAAUGUAAUGGAAUUUACUCGAGCAAUACUCACUCCACGUAUUAAAGUUGGCAGGGACUAUGUACAGAAAGCACAAACAAAAGAACAGGCAGACUUUGCAGUGGAGGCAUUGGCAAAGGCUACUUAUGAGCGCCUUUUCCGCUGGCUUGUUCAUCGUAUUAACAAAGCUCUGGAUAGGACCAAACGACAGGGAGCUUCCUUCAUUGGCAUCCUGGAUAUUGCUGGAUUUGAAAUCUUUGAGUUAAACUCCUUUGAACAACUUUGCAUCAACUACACUAAUGAGAAGCUGCAGCAAUUAUUCAAUCAUACCAUGUUUAUUUUGGAGCAAGAAGAAUAUCAAAGAGAGGGUAUAGAGUGGAACUUUAUUGACUUCGGAUUGGAUCUACAACCUUGUAUUGAUUUAAUUGAAAGACCUGCAAAUCCUCCUGGUGUACUGGCUUUGUUGGAUGAAGAAUGUUGGUUCCCUAAAGCGACUGACAAGACUUUUGUGGAAAAGCUGGUCCAAGAACAAGGUACUCAUUCCAAAUUCCAAAAGCCACGGCAGCUGAAGGACAAAGCAGAUUUCUGCAUCAUUCAUUAUGCAGGGAGGGUGGAUUACAAGGCAGAUGAGUGGCUUAUGAAGAAUAUGGACCCUUUAAAUGACAAUGUAGCCACUCUUCUGCACCAGUCAUCUGACAAAUUUGUUGCAGAGCUUUGGAAGGAUGAGAUUCACAUUAUUCAGAGAGCUUCUUUCUAUGACAAUGUUACUGGUCUUCCUGAUGCACCAGUGGACCGUAUUGUGGGUCUAGAUCAAGUCACUGGGAUAACAGAGACUGCAUUUGGCUCGGCCUACAAGACCAAGAAGGGCAUGUUUCGUACAGUGGGGCAGCUAUACAAAGAGUCGCUCACAAAAUUGAUGGCCACACUUCGAAACACUAACCCAAAUUUUGUUCGCUGUAUCAUUCCAAACCAUGAAAAAAGGGCUGGAAAACUGGAUCCACAUUUAGUUCUGGAUCAGCUUCGCUGUAAUGGUGUUCUAGAAGGAAUAAGGAUUUGUCGACAAGGAUUUCCAAACAGAAUAGUAUUCCAGGAAUUUAGGCAGAGGUAUGAGAUUCUGACUCCUAAUGCAAUUCCUAAGGGUUUUAUGGAUGGGAAGCAAGCAUGUGAAAGGAUGAUCAGAGCAUUGGAGCUUGAUCCCAACUUGUACAGGAUUGGACAGAGCAAGAUUUUUUUCCGAGCUGGUGUAUUGGCACAUCUAGAGGAGGAAAGGGAUCUGAAGAUAACAGACAUCAUUAUCUUCUUCCAGGCAGUCUGUAGGGGGUACCUUGCCAGAAAGGCCUUUGCUAAGAAGCAGCAGCAGUUGAGUGCACUGAAAGUUCUGCAGAGAAAUUGUGCUGCUUAUCUGAAAUUAAGGCACUGGCAGUGGUGGAGAGUGUUCACAAAGGUGAAGCCUCUCCUUCAGGUUACUCGUCAGGAGGAAGAACUUCAGGCUAAGGAUGAGGAGCUGCUAAAGGUGAAGGAGAAGCAGAUAAAGGUGGAAGCAGAACUUGAAGAGAUGGAAAGAAAGCAUCAGCAGCUGUUAGAAGAGAAAAACAUUCUUGCAGAGCAGUUGCAAGCAGAAACAGAACUUUUUGCAGAAGCUGAGGAGAUGAGAGCUCGCCUGGCUGCCAAGAAGCAAGAGUUAGAAGAAAUUCUUCAUGAUUUAGAGUCCAGAGUAGAGGAGGAGGAAGAAAGGAACCAAGUCCUACAAAAUGAAAAGAAAAAAAUGCAGGCUCACAUACAGGACCUAGAGGAGCAGCUUGAUGAGGAAGAAGGGGCUCGGCAGAAGCUACAACUUGAAAAAGUCACAGCAGAAGCCAAAAUAAAGAAGAUGGAAGAAGAGAUUUUAUUGUUAGAGGACCAGAAUUCUAAAUUUCUUAAGGAGAAGAAAUUAUUGGAGGAUAGAAUUGCAGAAUGUACUUCACAACUGGCUGAAGAAGAAGAAAAGGCCAAAAACUUAGCUAAACUCAAGAACAAGCAGGAAAUGAUGAUCACAGAUCUGGAAGAACGCUUGAAAAAAGAAGAAAAAACUCGUCAAGAGUUGGAAAAAGCCAAAAGGAAACUUGAUGGUGAAACCACUGAUCUGCAGGAUCAAAUUGCAGAGCUUCAAGCCCAGAUUGAAGAAUUAAAAAUCCAGCUUGCCAAAAAGGAGGAAGAGUUGCAAGCUGCCCUUGCCAGAGGGGAUGAGGAAACUGUGCAAAAGAAUAAUGCUCUAAAACUAAUACGAGAACUACAAGCUCAAAUUGCAGAGCUACAAGAGGACCUUGAAUCAGAAAAAGCAUCACGCAACAAGGCAGAAAAGCAGAAGAGAGACCUGAGUGAGGAGCUAGAGGCAUUGAAGACAGAGCUGGAAGAUACCUUGGAUACCACUGCAGCUCAGCAGGAACUCAGAACAAAGCGUGAGCAGGAGGUUGCUGAGCUGAAAAAAGCACUUGAAGAAGAAACAAAGAAUCAUGAAGCUCAGAUUCAGGAGAUCAGGCAGAGGCAUGCAACUGCCUUGGAAGAGCUCUCAGAACAACUUGAACAGGCCAAAAGAUUCAAAGCAAAUCUUGAAAAGAACAAGCAGUGUUUGGAAACGGAUAACAAAGAGCUGGCCUGUGAGGUGAAGGUGUUGCAGCAGGUUAGAUCUGAGUCAGAACACAAGAGGAAGAAGCUUGAUGCUCAGGUGCAGGAACUACAGGCCAAGGUUGUAGAAGGAGACAGAUUGAGAACAGAACUGGCAGAAAAAGCCAACAAACUACAGAAUGAGCUGGACAAUGUCUCAAGUCUCCUGGAAGAAGCAGAGAAAAAAGGCAUAAAAUUUGCCAAAGAUGCUGCCAGUUUGGAGUCUCAGCUACAAGAUACACAGGAGCUGUUGCAGGAAGAGACCCGCCAGAAACUGAACUUGAGUAGCAGGAUUCGGCAGUUGGAGGAAGAAAAGAACAAUCUCCAAGAGCAGCAGGAAGAAGAGGAAGAGGCCAGAAAGAAUUUGGAGAAACAUAUGAUAACUCUUCAGUCUCAGCUGGCUGAUGCCAAAAAGAAAAUUGAUGAUGACUUGGGGACAAUUGAAGGGUUGGAGGAGAGUAAGAAGAAAUUAUUGAAAGACAUGGAAAUUCUGAACCAGCGUCUUGAAGAAAAGGCAAUGGCUUAUGAUAAACUUGAGAAGACCAAGAACCGACUUCAGCAAGAGCUGGAUGAUUUAAUGGUGGACCUUGAUCAUCAGCGCCAGAUUGUUUCCAACUUAGAGAAGAAGCAGAAGAAAUUUGAUCAGAUGCUGGCAGAAGAGAAGAAUAUAUCUGCUCGUUAUGCAGAGGAAAGAGACCGUGCAGAGGCUGAGGCACGGGAAAAGGAGACCAAAGCACUCUCCCUGGCACGAGCCUUGGAAGAAGCUUUGGAGGCCAAGGAAGAAUUUGAGAGGCAGAACAAGCAGCUCCGGACAGACAUGGAGGACCUGAUGAGUUCAAAAGAUGAUGUUGGGAAAAAUGUUCAUGAGCUGGAAAAAUCCAAGCGCACAUUGGAGCAGCAAGUCGAGGAGAUGCGAACACAGUUAGAAGAACUAGAAGAUGAGCUGCAAGCCACAGAAGAUGCCAAAUUACGCCUAGAAGUAAAUAUGCAAGCCAUGAAAGCACAGUUUGAGAGAGAUCUGCAGGCCAAGGAGGAACAGAAUGAAGAGAAGAAGAGGCUUUUGGUAAAACAGGUUCGGGAGCUAGAAGCUGAAUUGGAAGACGAGAGGAAGCAGCGGGCUUUGGCUGUGGCAUCCAAGAAGAAAAUGGAGGCAGAUCUGAAAGAUCUGGAAGCUCAGAUUGAAGCUGCAAACAAGGCUCGCGAUGAGGCAAUCAAGCAGUUGCGCAAGCUGCAGGCUCAGAUGAAAGAUUAUCAGCGUGAACUAGAAGAGGCCCGGGCAUCUAGAGAUGAAAUUUUUGCUCAGUCAAAAGAAAAUGAAAAGAAGCUCAAAAGUUUAGAAGCAGAAAUUCUUCAACUGCAAGAGGAGCUUGCUGCCUCUGAAAGAGCAAGACGUCACGCAGAACAGGAGCGGGAUGAGCUGGCUGAUGAAAUUGCCAACAGUGCCUCUGGAAAAUCUGCCUUGCUUGACGAGAAACGCCGCCUGGAAGCCCGCAUUGCACAGCUGGAGGAGGAACUUGAGGAAGAGCAGAGCAACAUGGAGCUCCUCAAUGACCGUUUUCGCAAAACCACUUUGCAGGUUGACACGCUGAACUCUGAGCUGGCUGCAGAGCGAAGUGCUGCCCAGAAGAGUGAGAAUGCACGCCAGCAGCUAGAGCGGCACAACAAAGAGUUGAAAGCCAAGCUGCAAGAACUGGAAGGUUCAGUAAAAUCCAAGUUCAAGGCAACUAUUUCGGCACUGGAGGCCAAGAUUGGACAGCUGGAAGAACAGCUGGAACAGGAGGCAAAAGAGAGAGCAGCAGCCAAUAAGCUGGUACGCCGCACAGAGAAGAAGCUCAAGGAAGUAUUCAUGCAGGUGGAAGAUGAACGCCGACAUGCAGACCAAUACAAGGAACAGAUGGAGAAGGCCAAUGCUAGAAUGAAACAGCUGAAACGCCAACUGGAAGAGGCAGAGGAGGAAGCCACACGUGCUAAUGCCUCACGCCGUAAGCUCCAGCGUGAACUGGAUGAUGCCACUGAAGCCAAUGAGGGCCUUAGCAGGGAGGUCAGCACUCUGAAAAACAGGUUAAGGAGGGGAGGGCCAAUCACCUUCUCAUCCAGCCGAUCUGGAAGGCGCCAACUGCACAUUGAAGGAGCUUCCCUGGAGCUUUCAGAUGACGACGCAGAGAGUAAAGGCAGUGAUAUCGCCGAGCCUCAGGUUGUGCAGACAGAGUAGAGAGUGCACCAUCAUGUUGUAUAGCUGGCCUUUCCUUAUAUGCAUUUGGAAGGGAGGAUGAUAACCUUAUUGGCCACCAAAUUGCCUUGUGGCUGCAGACUUGCCUUUGGCAAAAUGGGCACAGUACUAAGUCAUACGUUGCAGGUCAGCUUCAGAAUAUUGCUGACUGGCUUUGCCAUGUUGUACCCGGUAUGGGAAAUAGGUACCACUGCUUCUUACAUAUAUUAAAAUGUCUCUGUUCAGUGCUUUUUGUUUUGAGGUAUCCAUUGUAAAUCAACUUUCUAAGACCUUGGGUGACAGGAGGGUGCUUCUUCCCCCCCCCUUCUAAUAUGCUGUGCUGGACAGACGUUCCUGGCAGCUGGCUCUGACUUUUUUCUAUGCAUGCUUACUUGUACAGCCAUGGCACUCCAUUUCUUUUUUCGCCUUGUUCCUGCUCCUUUGCAGGGCCUGGCUGCUCCCUUUUCCUAUCAUUCUGUGACCGACUUUAAAUCAGCUCACUGACUGUGAAAAUGCCCUGGGGGCUUCUGGGGUAAAACCUGUGGAUUAGAGGAGCAAAACUACUAGUAUCAUACCAGCCAAUUUUUGAUGAUACUUAUUGAACCCUUCGCAUCCUAUCCCACCCUCAGACAAUCCUCUGUUCUUCUGCUCCUUGACUUGGUGAUUACUAAGUCCUGACAGAGAGGCCAAUUAGGCUUCUAACUACUUUCUACCUGCUCACAAUGCUCAGUGGAAACUGGAUAGCCUCAGCAUGGAAAUUAGAUUACCCUCUCCUCUUGCACCAGCAUUGACUUUUUUUCUUUCUGAAUUACUGGGGACGGGAGUGUUAACAUUCGAGAGCUGAAACUCUUGCCUGCUAUCUUGGUGUCCAUCUGUGUAUCUGUCAGAGGGUAGCACGUUCAUACUGCCUGUAAAAUGAACACACCAAUGGAGUUACCCUCUCCCUCUUUUCAGCUUCAUUUGGACAGUGUUAAUUGCAUCUAGCUAGUAUCUUGUUUUCGUAGCUAGGAACUGACAUUUACAGAAAGUGCCUUAGACACUACAGUACUAAGACAAUGUUACAUAUAUUUGCCUAUAACAAUGAUUUAAUGUAAUAAUUUUUGUUUUUCAUAUCAUGUUACACCUCUUCUAGUCCAAGUGGUAUUAUUGGUAUUCAGUGAUAAGGAUGAAUCAGUGUUAAGUAUGAAAUCUUGAUCUCUUGCAACAUGCUUGAAAAAGUAUUUUUUUCCCCUUUGGUUAAAAGCUUUAACAUAUGUUACAAAGCUUUUGUUUUUGUGCAUUUGGGUAUUUCUUAAUCAUAACUGGCUGUUGACCACCAGGCAUCAGACUGCAAAUACCUUUUUUCCUUGUACCCGUAUUUCUAGACAAUGAUUUUUGUAAGACAAUAAAUUUAUUCAUUCUAGAGACUCA